GCGAACGGGCCGAGGAAGAGGAUGGCGCGCGCCGUGCUGUCGGCGACGCCGAGGCUGAGCUCGUCGCGCAGCGCCACGACGCGUGUCGAGUCGCUGCUGGGAACGGCCCACGGCUGGGAGAUCAGCGGCAUGUCGGGCUCCUGGCGCGGCGAGAUGGUGGCGAGAACGGAGAGCAGCAGAGGCAUGCUGCGCGGACGCGUCGUGGCGUGUCGGGAGCUCGGACGUCGGGGGCGGCUGGGCGCACAAUUGGACAUGCAGCGGGCGUGUGCGCCGCUUUAUGAUUGAGCGGCGCUCUGACCUCUCGGCGGCGCCGUGCUGCUCGUCCAGCGGCGCAGUGUGUGCCGGCGCCGGCGUCAUUGCGGCGCGGCGAUCAGACGGGGUCCGAGCGGCGUGGCGGCUCGCGGCUCGCGUCCCUGAGAUGGGCGCGCGACACGCAGCGUCACCUCGCGUCUCGCAGGAGCGCCUGUCAGGGCCGAGGACAUCGUGCCGGGUGCAGAUCCUCGCUGAUCGAGCCCAGCUGCGAUCGGGCCGCCUCGUGACGAAGAUGUCCUGCUCCCAGCGCGUCGCGGUCGUGCGGAGCGUGCACGGGGCGACAUGUCGCCGCAUGGACGGAGGAGAAGAGCAUCAGACAUGUGCGCCGCGACUCCACGUCAUCAGUGCUCCUCCAGACCCGAGAAAGCGACGGAGCAUACUCGGGCCGAGCCCGACGGCGUGGCGGCACGCCAGGCUGCCCGGGCAGAAGAGGCCCAGUACGCCGGCUUGACGCCUGCGCUGCGCUCCGUCCAUCGCAUGUGCAGCGACAAAGGAGCACAGACGGCGUCACUUGUGCUGCACCGCCGCUGCUGCGCUGCCG